UGCGGAGUUGAGGUCAAGGUCCCGGAGCACCUUCGAGACAUCCUCAAGGAGCGGGUCCUGGCGGAGUUCGUCGAGCCAUCAGCAGUCAUGAGCUCAUGGAAAUUUCAGCAAGCAAAGGAUCGGCCGGCCGGUAUGCUUGGUCCGCCGGAUCGUGAGACGCAUCUUGCGCACGUGAAAAACCUUCACAGGUUCUUUAGAGUGAGCUGCAAGGUGCCAGGCUGGCUCCGGCUAGAGGUCGAUGAUAAAAGGAGGCGGGACGGCAUGGAGCCGACCCCCAUGAAGAGAUCCACCAGUGACUGUGCUCGCAAAACCGCACUGAAAGGUUUGGGUUUAAGCCGAGAAGCACUUUUUGGGACACGGGCCCAACAGGCCUAG